UUCUGUUCCAAAUCGUAAAACAUGCACGAUGAGUGACUUGGUGUAGAUCUAGAAUCUAGAUCUAAGUUGGACUAUUAUUUCAGUUUAAAAAGUAGACAUGGGAAAGUCUUCGAAACACAAAACUCAAAAUAUUCAUCACUUUGUACCCUUUUCUGAACGAAUAUCAUCAGUUAAUGUUGAUGUAAUUCAUAGAAUUCGUAGAAUCGACGAUGAGACAGAAGGGACUCUAUUUGGUGAAUGUCUUACAAAAUGGACAGAGCUUGAUCUUACUGAUAAUUUUUCAUGUUUUAGACGAGAGAUAGUUGGUCAAGUGCAAACAUAUGAGCAGCUUGUUCAUCAUAAAGAAGAGAUUAUAAAUUCAAUAAAGAAACACUUAGAAGUUCCAAAUUCUCUUGCUUUGAAUGCCUUGCUUGAUUUACUGGUUCAGUUGGCAAGAGAUCUUCAGCAAGAUUUUGUACCCCAUUUCUAUGAGUUUUUCACAAUUCUUGUUCGGUUGUUAUCUUCACGGUCCCAAGAUGUUGAAUCUUUGGAGCAAAUAUUUCAAGCCUUGGCAUUUUUAUUUAGGGUUUUAUGGAGGUUUCUCAUUAAAGAUUUUAAAGAUGUUUACAGACAUUUUUCUCGUUUGUUGAUGAAUUCUCAAAAAGACUACAUUAAGGUUUUUGCAUCUGAGAGUUGUGCAUACCUACUCAGAAAGGUAAAAAAGCAAGAUGAGCUGUUAAAUUUUUUGUUUGGAUCAUUGAAUGAGUCACCAGAACUUGUUGAUGGCAUUGGAUUGCUUCUCUUUGAGAUGGUAAAAGGUGUCAAGCAUCAUUUUCAUACUAUCAGCAAAAGUGUGUUUCCACUAAUUCUUCAAAAACUGGGUACCUGGAGUCCCACAGCACAGAAAAAAUUAAAAUUACCCAGAGAUUUGGUGGAGCAGUCAGUAACAAUUUUCAUGCAAGGAUGUGCUGACCAUACUACUAGAGAAAACUGCAAGGAACUUUGGGAAAUGUUACUGGAUUGUAUUCAGCAAGUACAUGCAGCCUGUUUAGCAAAGGAAACAGCAGUAACAGCUGCUGACAGUAAGGAACUGUCUGGAUUAGUCAACCAUUUGUGCAGAUUGUUGCGCCUCUUAUCAGUAUGGUUAACCCAUAACUCUGGGAGCAUUGUUAAUGAUGCUGAACUAGUAGCUAAAACAGUGUGCCAGGUCUUGAAGUCUCCAUGCAAAUUAGAAGACUGUGGCUCAGAUUUACUGAAAACUGUUGCAGACUUAGUAACAUCUUGCCAGGAAAGACUACCUGUGGAGAUAAUUUUUAGAAUUAUCAGUAAUGUUUUCAAGGCACCAUUUAUUUUCUCUGAUAUAAAAAUAUUUGUUAAGACACUUCGUGAUGUCUCAUUCUUUGAAAAGGAUGUACUCCCAGGAUUCAUGUUGAAGAUUCAUUCAGAGAUGCAGGCGCAUCAGAGUGAGAAGAAAGAUGAGAUUCUAGCUUGUGUGACUGAGUUAUUAAUGUACAAAACACAGGCUCCAAUCACAGGGGAUGACUUACACAUGCUAACAGUAUAUCCUCUUGAUCAGCAAUGGUCAAGGUCAGAAAAUGAACACGCUUUAAUAAAAUACAUUGAUGGUAUUUUACAUGAGUGCGUCAAUCAAAUGAUUCCUUCUGAUUUGCCUAGAACAUGGUCUGCUAUUCUUUGUCUGCCUCACAUAAAAUGUCCUGGCUUAAUAGAAAAAGCUAUUUUAUUGUGGAGCAAAGUGACUGCUCAAAUUAGUUCUGAAAACAGUCCUGAUGAAGUGAACUCAAACUUGAUUGUUUUGAACCAACUGGUACGGAGUUUUAUCACAAGCAUCCAGGGUAAAAGAAUGGAAGAAUUCCCUGUCUCUAAGGAGGAUAUUUUUUAUGUGUUCAGAUUACACCCUACUAGUCCAUGUGUUGUUCAGAUUCUUGAUUUUUACCUGACCUGGUCAGCAGACAGAUUGCAGUUGGAUCAGGAAAUGUUAACGGAGAUAUACAAGCUUAUUGAGCCCAGCUUAGUUUCACCUUCUCACAAUGUUCGUCUGAUGGCAUGUCAUAUAUUGUCACUGUUUCAAGUCACCCUUCCAGAAUUUGAUGAUGAUAUCAAGAGAGAUAAUGCUUUCCAUACUAUGUAUGUGGCAGAAAGACUUCCAUUGCCAACAGUCCAUAAUUACAGAGAAAAGUUGAUUUACCUGAGAAAAUUAGAAUAUGAAAUGGCUAUUAAAUGCUUGCCAAAUGAGCAUUUCUACAGGGCACCAUUACUGUUUUUGUUAGGUAAUGAGUUCUGGAAUUUUAAACUACUUUGGGCACCUCUGUCUGACCUUAUAGCAUCUUAUGCUGUGGGUCUUGACACAAAUGAAUUCUGGGAAGUCAUGCUGCAACAACUCAGGAGAGCAGCUUUUGAAGCAGAGAAAGAGCUUCGGUUUGACGAGCAGCUCACAGUCAGUGAAAACAGACCACAUGUGGAGGCACUGUUUGGCACCUACUGUUCUGGUUUCCUUGCUGACAGCAGGAAGCCAGACUUCACAAAUUAUCGUGUUCAGCUGUGGAAAACCAUGAAGCUGUUCCCUGAAAAAUGUGUCCUCAAAUCAGAUGAGCUCUGUGAGCUCUACCUCAAGUUUUUAAAGAAUGAAUUUAGCUAUGCUGAUGAGGAUGCCAGGUCAUAUCAAAACAUUUUAGCCAGAGAUUGUGUUGAAUUGCAAGUAGAUACUGCUGUGGUAAAUGAUACUGAUGACAUUGAGAUUAAAGAAGUUGAGGAUGAUGAAAAGAUUGAGGAAGAAGAUGAAGAUGAUGAAGGAAAUGAUGUAUCUAUUUCAGUAGAUUCCAGCCAUGCUGGCAAUAAACAGUUUGUUGUAAAAAGACGAAAGGCUGCAGUUUUAAGUCUAUUGGUUCAUCUCGAUGUGUUUGCUUUAUUUAAAAAGCAACGUUCAAUGUUUAAUCAACCUGAGGUACAAGAAACAUUUUUAGAACUUUUAAAACACAGGUUUCCAAACAUUCAGAAAGCUGCAUUUGAAUGUGUAAUGACUUAUAAGUCUCCACAUGUAAUCCCUUACAGGGAAAAUUUCAAUCGCCUUCUUGAUGACAAAACUUUCAAGAGUGAAAUAACAUUGUUUAGAGUAGAUGAAGAAAGCAGUGAAGUUAAAGAUACAGAUAGAGAGGGGCUUUUACCUGUUCUCAUGAGAAUUUUAUAUGGAAAAAUGCAUGGCAAAGCUGGCAAUGAUACAGCUGGCAAGUCAAAAAGUAACCUUAGAAGAUCAAUUGUAUUUGGGUUUCUAAUUGGGUGUAAGCCUGCCGAGCUCAAGUAUUUCCUGGAGUUAUUGUUUCAACCCUGCAUGCAUUUUGUGACAGACAACCCUGUGCUCAUGGUAAAAACAGCAGCCAGUAAUAUUGAUCUCAAAAAGAUGUUACCUUUAAAGAAAAUAAAAGGUAUACUGAAUACAGUUAGUGCUGUUUCCCAGAAAAUGGGUCAUCGUAUGGAGAGUUUUUCCCAUUCCUUGUUCCAUGUACUACUUGGUCUUGUUGCCACAUUGAGCGCAGCACUAGACCAGAGAAGUUCUGUAGUCAGUGGAGCAGUUAAUCUUCUGAAAUCUUUGCGUCAUACAGUAAUGAAUAGAAUAAUCCAGUUUUUUGAAAAUUUUGAAGACCUUGAUUUCACAACACAAGAGAUUGAAGCUGUUUUCCAUGCAGUUGUAUGGCCUCAGUGUCAGAAGCUUGCCCUAGAAGGUGUGCAUCACCCAACUCCUCUUUUAAAACUGUUUACUUUUUGGAGUCAAUCUAGCAGAUUUCAGCCUCUGCUUGCGUUUGCCAAACACGACACGCCUUCCACUACAACUGCCCUACAUUCUGUGUUUGCACUGCUUAACGCACCAGCCAUUCACACCUCAGUAUCAACAUCUAUUUUAGAGCUGGUUGGCCAUUUGCUUCAAGAUGAGGAGGAGAAACAGCAGCUGUUGCCCUCACUGCCAGAACCAUUCAUGUGUCUUGAAGUAACCGAAGAUCAGAAAUUAGGUGAAAUUCUUUUACUACCCCAUGUUCCAAGCUUGCUGUCUUAUUUAAAACAUGCAUUGCGAAAAAUGUCCUUGGGGCAGUCUGUCAAAAAGCCAACAUGUUUAUUGGAGUUAAAAAUAUUAGCCAGAGUCAGUACUUUUGUGACUUCACCAGAGGAGUGCUCAAUUCUUUGUGAUCUACUUGUUCCAUUCUUUAGUAAAGGAUCUCACAUAGCACAGGACAUUGAAGAAAACAUCCUGGUGUCUCUAACAAACCUGAUGCAGUAUAUCAACAAACCAGAGUCAUUUUAUAGGACAAUAUCACAGCUAUUCUCAACUGUAGAACGCAGAGAAUCUCGUGUGCUGUUGUGCAAACUUUUUAAAGUUAUUUGUGAAAACAAUGAUACCUUUAAAGCCACAGCAAACCUUAUAGAAAAGUUAAAUUCAUGGGAUAAACGGAAGGCUGAAGAACCAGAUUAUUUAGCCAGGCUUGAAGCGUUUAGCCAGUUCAAUUCAUUGGUUUCUGGACAAACUGAGCCAAAUGUGGAUGCUUUGCUGCCAGUUGUACAUAACUGUUGCCAUUUUAUACAUGCUAUUGAUGACCUGUCAAUUAGAGAUAAUUCUACACAUUGUCUUGUGUCCAUUAUUGCCAAACUGGCAACAUCAGCCACUACAGAAAGCAAUAAGGCGUUUAACAUUGUUGUUGAAAAAACAUUACUUCCCCAAGUCAAACUUGGCAUCAGAAGUAAAUCAGAGGCUGUUCGUCAUGAGUUUUUAGCAGUAUUUCAAAGCCUAGUUGUUAACUGUCCUGACCAUGUCAUGUUUACUGGGCUCAAAGACCUCUGUGAUAAGGACCCUGAGGCGGAUUUCUUUGAAAACAUCAGACACAUUCAGAUGCAUAAAAGAUCUCGAGCACUCCGCCGCUUGUUCAAGCAUUUAAAAGACCAUCAGUUCCGCCCUGAGAUUCACAUGUCCUACUUUAUACCUUUGGUACAUGCUUUUGUUCUGGACAACUCCUACUCUAAGUAUGCCAAUGUACAAGAUGCAGCCAUUGAUCUGCUGGGUGCCAUUUGCAAGCAGCUACCUUGGCCAUAUUAUCUUCAGCUUCUGAGGUUCUUUCUAAAGUUGUUGCCCAAAAAGGUGGAACUACAGCGCCAAAUAGUUAGGAUCCUUGUGGCUCUGCUUGAUGCCUUUCACUUUGAUUUGAGUAACUCAACAUUCCGGGUAGUGAUGGUACCAAAGGUAGUGGAAAACAGUUACAAAGAAGAAACUGAAGAGCCAAGUGUCCCUGAUGAGAUUCAACCUGUCUCUGAGACUGAGCCUAUGGAGAUAGAAAACAAAGAGGAAGAGAAAGAUGAAGAACUUGCUAUCCCAAUGGAGAUAGAUGUGAGAGAUGAAGAAGGGAAAGAUGAGGAGGCUGGUAAAAUUGGUGAUACCGUGCUAUGUUCUGUGUCUGCAGCCACAAGGAUUCACAAGACCAUUGUCGUAUCCCUUCUGCCUCAGCUUCACAAAAUUGUAACUCAGAAAGCAAAAAGUGAAGAUGAGCACAAGACUGUUAAGUCAAAAUACCCUGAAGAUGAAGAAAUAUUACGUGUGCCCAUAGCAUUGGCAAUGAUUAAGUUACUGCAGAAUCUUCCCAAGGGAACCUUAGAGAAUCGGUUGCCAGGGAUUUUGUUGAAAAUCUGCAAUUUCUUGCGAUGUCGGUCAAGAGAUGUCCGCACAACAGCUAGAGAAACACUUGAGAAAGCUGCCUUAUCUCUUGGUGCAAGGUUUUUUCCAUUUAUUGUCAAAGAAAUGAAAGCCAUUCUUACAAGAGGAUACCAGUUGCAUAUUCUCAGUUACACUACUCACUACUUACUCAAAAGUCUUGUUCAAACUGUCAACCCUGGUGACCUUGACCCAGCUCUUUCACAUGUUCAAGAUGUCUUCUUCGCAGAGCUCUUUGGCCAUGUGGCUGAAGAGAAAGAGGUGGCAGCUAUUAGGGCCAAAUACUUUGAGGCCAAAUUUAUUAAAGGUUACGAUGCUUAUGAGCUUCUGGCCAAGUGUAUUUCAGCAGGUUAUCUCAACCAGUUGAUCCAGCCAAUAAAAGGGGUGUUGGAGACAACACACAGCCAGCACACAGCCAACAAAGCAGAGACUGUCCUGCGGAAGAUAGCCGAUGGUCUAAUGGCCAACUCUAGGAUCCCUCUGCAGAACAUGAUGGUGUUCAUUAAUAACAUGACGGCUAAACUUAUGCCUGAACUAGUUGAGAUGACCAAACCUAAAGUGGAACAGAGUAAAGAAACUUCUAGAAUACCUGAGAGCUGUCUCCUGCUUCCUGCUGCUAUGCCAAGGGGUGGGGUCAAGCCAAAAGCCAGUAAAAAGACCAAUAUCCACAUCUUAGUUGAGUUUGGAUUGCAGUUACUGAACAUGUGCCUGAAGAAAUCAUUACUGUUGCCAACUGAGCUGCUUCAUCUACAAAUGCUGGAUCCAUUAGUUGUAGCUUUGAGAGAUUGUCUGAGCAAUUCUCAUGUCAAGACUAGUGCCCAUGCAAUGAGGUGUUUGUCUUGGAUUCUCAAGUUCCCACUGCCAUCCUUGAAAGAAAACAUUCAUAAAAUAGCCCAGGGCAUGUUUAUUGUGCUACAAAACUACACAGGGGCAGCAACUUCAAAGGGAGGGAACCAGGAGUUGAUCACCAUGUGUUUCAAGGCUGUAACUGUGUUGGUGAGAGAUGUUGAAUACUACCAGCUAACAACUGACCAGCUACAGGUACUGCUGACUUACUGUGAAGAGGAUCUCUACAAUUAUUUACGACAAAGCUCUGCAUUUAACCUUGUUCGGGCAAUUUUGUUGCGUAAGUUAGAUAUCCCUCAGCUCCAUCAGGUCAUGGAAAAGUUGUUUGAGAUGUCCAUCACAGCCAGUGCAGCGAAUGUCAGGCUCCAGUGCAGGCAGGUGAUCCUUCAUUACUUGAUGAACUACCCUCUUGGGAAAAAGAUGAGGCAGCACCUGUAUUUCUUCAUUAACCAUCUGGAGUAUGAAAUGGAGGAUGGAAGAGAGUCAGCUCUUGAGAUGAUGAUCUCAAUGUUUACCACAUUUCCUAAGAAAAUUUUACACAAUCACAGCUCCAAGUUUUUUGCUGCUCUAGCUAUGGCGUCUUACAACGAUAACUCACCCAAGUGUAGAAAACUGGUUUCUCUUGCCAUCAGAACCUUGAUUGGGAAGGUUGACCUGAAGUGCAGAAAAAUAAUGUUUGCUGAAGUGAUCAACUGGAUUAAAAAUGAAAAUCCGAGUGUUCAAGCCAUGGGUUUCCAGGUGUGUGGGAUGUUUGUGGAAGUAGAGGGGGGGAAGUUUGAAUACAGUCUGGGGCAAGUAAUCCCACUGCUGCAGGAAUACAUGGACCCCACCAAAUACAGUGAAGAUGAAAUGGAGGAUCCCAAGGUUACUGAAAAAAAAGAUGUUUGUCUUUUGGCUGUUCUCAAUACUAGUCUUAAGAUUGCAAGGGAGCUAAGCAUUGUCAGACAAGAGAAGUUUAUUGUUCAUCUCAACCAAAUUUGGAGCCAUGUCCUGUCUCACCUUUUACACCCACACAUCCAAGUGCGAUUAGCCAGCAGCCAACUCCUGGGCUUUAUGUUCAGUGCCUGGGAACCUAGCGAGAUAGUAGAACAACAGAGCCACAUAGCCGGAGACAAAGAGGUUCCCUUUUUGCUGAAAGAAACAGCAGUUGUGGUCCGGAAAUUUUCAGUAGCUUUGUGUAACCAACUAAAAACCCCAAAACUGGAUGAAAACAUAGCUACUCAAGCCAUAAAAAAUUUGUUGUAUUUGGCACGAGUAAUGGAAGCUUUAAACCGACCAGAUGAAAUAGUGUGGCUUGCUAAGAAAAUCAUGAGGGAAGCUAACAUGGAAGUUAUCAACCAUGUCAAAAUCACCACAAAGAGGAACCAUACUUUCAAGUGGGUGGCAGCUGUAGGCAUCACUCUCAAGCCUGAAAAUGUCACUGCUGUGUUGCCCAUUGUUUUGCCAGUUCUACAGAGAGAAUUAAGUGAACACUCAAAAGAUGUUGAACUAAAAAAUCUGGCUCAAGAGGUUGUAGAUAUAUUGAAAAAACAAGUGGAUGUUGAGACCUUUACCAAAGUGUUUGCCAGCUGUCUCAAGUAUAGGCUAGAGAAAAAAGAUGACAGAAAGAGGAAAAUAGCUGCCGAGGCUGUGACAAACCCAGAGAUUGCUGCCAGGAAGAAGAUCCGACACAACCUGAAGAAGAGAGAGACCAAGAAGAAAAAGAUAGCAGAGAAACCAGGGAAGAGAAUCAGCAAGUCAAAGCUCUCCAUUCUUAACAUUAAAGUGGACGAUGAUUGAAAUAGUUGAUACACUGAAAAAUCAUGAUUGAUGUAUAUUGGAUGCAUAAACAGUGAUGAUGGUAACCACUGCCUUAGGCAAUGAUGAAAUCGUUUUACCUGAGAAUGUUUGUAGUGCAGGUGAUGAAAUAUUUCAUUGUUUGAAUGUCUCAGUCAAGUUUUAUAGGUUGUAUUAUAGAUCAUUAUUUGUACCUAAUAAAAAGUGUAUAAUUGACUGCUAAAAAUGUUGGUGUAUAUAUUGCUGCUGUACUUGUUGUAUAGUCCAGCAAUGAAAAACGUGAAUUAUUUGUAUUUAUUUUGGAAUGAAGCAAAUAAACAUUUCUUGUAU